AUGUUUAAACGUAAAUUAUGUGCACUUGACUAUGGCAAAGAAUACAAUCCACAAGAUGAAAAUCAAUUUCGACAAAUGGUUGUAUGGCUUGAAGAUAUGAAAAUACGUUUAUAUCCUAUUGAUGGACGACAAAAUCUUCGUGAUAUUCAAAAUCCUCAAUGGAAUGAAACUUUUUCUAAAUAUUUACAAGAUUUAAAAUUUCCGCAUAAUAAUGAAAUGAUUAUAGAUCGAAUGGCUUUGAGUGAUUGGCUUAUUGGAAUAGCUAUACGAUUUGAAUAUGGUGAUAAUGUUGAGAAAUACAAAUCGAUUUCAUCGAAUGCACAAAAUAAUCAACAAAAAUCGAAUUCAGCUAAUCAGAGUGAAAAUCCAUUAGAAAAAAUCGAUUAUACAAGUGAAGAAUUUAAAUCUGGUAUGUUGAAAUUAUGUGAACUUUUACAAAUUCCAACAAAACUUAAUGAUACAACAGCAAUUCUUCGUGUAAAUUAUUGUCUUAGUUUGUUUUCUUUAUUAAUUUUUUGGUUUUUUAAGGCUGUAAGUAAAGUCAUAACAACAAAAUUAUCAAAAGAAGCUAUUGAUAAAAAUCAAAUAAAAGAACAAACUUCUGGUGUUGAUUUUUCUAUUGAACAAAUGCAACUUGGUUUUGAUACUGGUGAUAAAAUAAUUAAUGAAGCUGCAAAAAUUCUUCGAUUAUUAUAUAUUCAAGAUUUACGAACAUUACAAACGAAAAUUAAUGAGACUAUUGUUAAUGUUCAAUCACUUGUUGCUGAUCCACGUACGGAUAGUAAAUUAGGACAAAUUGGUUGGUAA